UGUGGGUGCUUUUUAGUGUUGAGGGGCGUGGUUUGAAGGGGCAAGAGAAGGAGUGUGCUUUGUUUUUCAGGCGGAUUCGUAGGUUUUAUGGUGAUUUGCAGUCGUGCAAUAGUCAUGUCUUUUAUACCCAGUGGUCUUCUAGUAGUCCGAGGCCUGUGGGGCAGGCCCAGCAUGCUGUCUCUACCGUGGGCGGUAAAGCGGAGGCUAGUCUGUUUAGCUAGCCAUAGUGUUGAAGGCCAAGUAGAGGGCGAAGUAUACGACGUGAUAAUUUCAGGAGGGGGCAUGGUAGGCACUGCCAUGGCAUGUUCCUUAGGUUUUGAUCCUAAUCUAGAGGGGAAGAAAAUUCUCUUGUUAGAAGCUGGUGGCAAAAAAACAUUUGACAGUGUUCAUCAGGAUUAUGGCACCAGAGUCAGCUCCAUCAACCUUGGCUCUGCUACUUUACUCAGUGCGGUUGGAGCCUGGGACCACAUUUUGAACAUGAGGUGUAAGCCCUUUAAAAGAAUGCAGGUCUGGGAUGCCUGCUCUGACGCACUGAUCACUUUUGACAAGGGAAAUCUCGAGGAUGAAAUGGGAUAUGUGGUCGAGAAUGAUGUCAUUGUUGCUGCAUUGACCAAACAGCUGGAUUCUUUGAAGGGUCAGGUGCAGGUUCGGUACAGAAGCAGAGUGGUAAAGUAUACAUGGCCACCUCCCUACCAUGUUGCAGAAAGAAGUCCUUGGGUCCAAGUGGAACUUGCCAAUGGGCAGCAACUUCAAACAAAACUGCUGAUAGGGGCAGAUGGGCCUAAUUCCAUGGUUCGAAGAACAGCAGGAAUUCGUACCAUCCAAUGGAACUAUGACCAAUCUGCUGUGGUUGCUGUGCUUCAUUUGUCAGAGCCCACAGAAAACAAUGUUGCUUGGCAAAGAUUCCUGCCUUCUGGGCCUAUUGCAAUGCUCCCGUUGUCAGACAGUGCCAGUUCAUUGGUGUGGUCUACCAGUCAUCAACAUGCAGAAGAUCUGCUCAGUUUGGAUGAAGAGACCUUCACUGAUGCUGUAAACUCUGCCUUUUGGAGUAAUGAGUACCACUCUGACUUAAUCGACACCGCUGGAUCUGUCUUCAGGUCGGCAUUAUCAUUAUUGAUUCCGUAUGGCUCGUCGCCACGCCAGCUUCCCCCCAGUGUGGCUGGCAUUGGACCUCAGAGCAGAGCUACUUUCCCCCUAGGUGUUGGGCAUGCAUCUGAGUACAUCUGUCAUAGAGGGGCUCUCAUUGGAGAUGCUGCUCACAGGGUGCACCCUUUGGCUGGUCAAGGGGUCAAUCUUGGGUUUGGAGAUGUGGUUUGUCUAACUCAGCACUUAAGUAAAGCAGCUUUUGAUGGAAAAGACCUAGGAUCUACUCCUCACCUGCUAGAGUAUGAAACUGAUCGGCAACGACACAACCUUCCGAUGAUGGCCGCUAUUGAUGCCAUGAAAAGACUUUAUUCUACAAAAAUGGCUCCUUUUGUCUUGCUAAGGACAUUGGGACUACAAGCCACUAACGCAAUCUCUCCACUUAAAGAUCAGAUUGUAGCAUUUGCCAGCAAAUGAGAACUUUCAAUUCAAGAAACAUCUGACAGUGCUGAAACAACAGAAGAAUAAUUUUGGAUGAAGCAUCAGCUUACUGUUUGAAAUUGCAAAACAAAAAUCUAUUCACCAUAAUGAUUGUAAAUGAAUAAAGUAUAUUUUAUAUA